AUGGAGGCCCAGUCAAUUAGAGGUGUAAGAGUUCACGCUUAUAAUGAUUUAGACUCAAUAACAAUUGAUCAGGUGCCAAUUCCUGAUCUUAAAGACGACCAAAUAUUAGUGAGAAUUGAAUAUGCUCCUAUCAACAUUAUCGACCUCAUGCAAGCCUUAGGCUACUAUAAUAGGCGUGCCAAGUUUCAUUCUCAUAGGAAAAUUCUAAUCAAUAUUUAAAUUUUUAUGAUUUCUUCUCAAAAUAAUAAGAAUCUAUACUAAAAAGAAAUUUACUAUUAAAAAAAUUGCAUGCCUAUAAUAGGCAACCCCUUCCUCACUUUUUCGGCAAAGAAGGCAGCGGAACUGUAGUAAAAACUGGAAACCACCCUUAUGCUAGGUUUCUUCUAGGAAAAAGAGUCUCAGUUGACUCUAAUGUUCCUGGUUUUGGAACUUAUGCAGACUAUUUAGUUGCAUAUGCCUCUGACGCUUAUCCUCUAAGAGAUUCUGUAACUUUUGAACAAGCGGCAAGCUUAAUAGUAAACCCUAUGACUGUUGCUUAUAUGGUAGAAAAACUGAAACAAGGAAACCAUACAUCUGCAUUAAUUAAUGCAGCAGCUUCAGGAAUAGGAAAAAUGCUUAUAAAAUGGUGUAAGUUAUUGAAUAUCACAACAGUAAAUUUUGUAAGGAGACAAGAUCAAGCUGAUAUAUUAGCUUCAAUAGGAGCUGAACAUAUAUUUAAUACGUCUAAUGAUGGCUGAAAAGAAUCCGCUAAAGCUUUAACGACUCAACUUGGGACAAAAAUAGGUUUUGAUGCAAUUUCAGGUAGCGCAACUCAAGAUAUGCUGGAUUUAUUGGAAAAUGAUGGAAUUGCAUAUAUCUAUGGAGCACUCUCUGGAGAGCCAGCUCAUGUGAGCCCUAUGAGUCUUAUUGGAGGUGAUAAAACUGUUAAAGGACUUUUAUUGACUACGUGGCUAGCAAGGAUGACAAAUGAGAAAAGGGUAGAAGUAGGAUAUCAAAUUCAAGAUUUGAUUGGAAGCGCUUUGAAGACUGAUUAUAUAAGCGAAGUGACUAUUGGCGAGGUUAAAGACGCGCUCAAGCAAUAUGCAGCUAAAAAAACUGACUCAAAAUUCGUGGUAAAAAUCAGGAGAGGCUAA